CAGCCUCGCCGGGUCUCGCCGUGCACGUCGACCGCAACAGCACCAACUGCACCGGCACCGGCUUCGCGCCCGACCCCGUCGACUGCAACAUGUACCACCGCUGCGACUGGGACAUCAAGACGACCUACGUGUGCCCGGAGCCGCUGCACUUUAGCACGAGCGCCAGUCAGUGCGAUUGGCCGGAGCAGGCGAACUGUCAGGUUCCCGACGGCACCAAGGCGAUAUCAGGCGCCGUGAACGAGGAGGUGGCGCACGUGUGCAAGCUGCGCGAUGGCGUGGUGGCCGACCCGGAGGACUGCGUGCGCUACUACUGGUGCGCGCAGGGCCGCGCCCACCGCCUGCGCUGCGCGCGCGGACAGUACUUCCACGCCGUGUCCGGCCUCUGCCUGUACGGAGACCCGAAGGACCUCUGCCAGGAGGACCAGGGCAUCGUCCACGACCACGGCCCGGCGCACACGGCGGGAACGGCCCAAGCGGCGCUGAAGGCCAAGCCCACCGUCCACGCCAUCAAGUCCGCGGCCGGAGCCCAGAACAAGAAGGUCAUCACCAGGGACCUGAUUGGAGAGGAUAACUACAAGGUGGCGUGCUACUUCACUAGUUGGGCGUCAUACCGCAAGAAGGAGGGCAAGUUCGUCCCCGAACACUUGGACGCGCGCUUGUGCACGCACAUUAUCUACGCGUUUGCGUCCCUGGACCCCGAGACCCUCACCGUCACACCCUUCGACUCCUGGGCUGACAUCGAGAGCAAUUUCUACGACCGCGUGACGGCCCUGCCGGACCCCCGCAAGGGGCGCGACGACCAGCUCAAGGUCAUCCUGUCCAUGGGCGGGUGGACAGACUCGACGGGCACCAAGUACUCGGACCUGGUGGGCAACGUCACGGCGCGCAAGGCCUUCGUCAGCGACGCGGUCGCCUUCCUCAAGAGGCACAAUUUCAAAGGACUGCAACUCGACUGGAACUACCCCAAGUGCUGGCACUCGGACUGUCGCAAGGGCCCGGCCUCGGACAAGCCCAACUUCACCAAGCUCAUGCAGGAGCUGCACGAGGCCUUCAGCAAGCAGAGCCCGACCCCGCUGACCCUGGCCGUCGGCUUGUCGGGAUACAAGGAUAUCAUCGACAACGCGUACGACCUGGGAGAACUGAGCAAGGUGGUCGACUACAUGACCGUCAUGUCCUACGACUACCACGGUAACUGGGAAAACAAGCUGGGCCAUGUCAGCCCGCUGUACUUCCGGGACGGCGAUCGCAACCCUUACUACAGCACGAACGCCACGCUGGAGUACUUGGUGAGCCGAGGCGCCGACCGCAAGAAGCUCCUGGCUGGGAUCCCCUUCUACGGACAGUCCUUCACGCUGAAGUCCAAGGACCAGACGACCCUGGGGGCGCCGGCGGACGGGCCGGGCGAGUCUGGAGAGUUCACGCUCCAGCCGGGCAUGCUAGCGUACUACGAGAUCUGCGACAGAAUUCACAGGAAGGGCUGGAAGGUCGGCAAGGACCCCAAGGGAGCCACGGGGCCGUACGCCUACUCUGACACGCAGUGGGUCAGCUACGACGAUGUGUCGGCAGUGAAGGCCAAGGCGCGCUUUGUGAAGAACAUGGGCUUCGGCGGUGCUGUGGCGUGGACCGUGGAUCUGGACGACUUCAGCAACCGCUGCUGCCUCGAGCCCUUCCCGCUGUUGCGCGCCAUCAACCGCGUGCUGGGCCGCCUGGCCGAGGACGAGCCCACCGAGGGCGACUGCACGCGCCCGCCCACGCCUGUCACGCCCGCCGCGCCCACGCUCACCACUGGCGUGGACACGGGCGAGGGCGCGGCCGUGUCCUCCACUACCUGGCCGUCGUGGAGCGAGGGCGGGGACACUCCGAGCACCACGACCUGGGCGAGCUGGCAGCCCGACGCGUCCAGCUCGACCGAGGGCACGACCACCAGCUCAUCGGCGACGUCCUCGACCACCGAGCCUGACGCAUCUACGAUCGCUUCGCCGAAGCCUCCGACGAUAACUACGACGUCGACGACCACGACUACAACGGAGGCUCCUGACGAGACCCCGGGGGAGACCUGCCUCAGCGGCGAGUAUAAGCCCGACCCCAGCAACUGCAACGCGUUCUACCGCUGUAUCCUUGGCGAGCUAAAGAAACAGUACUGCGCUGCGGGGCUGCACUGGAAUAAGGACACCCAGGUCUGCGACUGGCCUGCCGAGGGCGGAUGUGCGCAAAUGGGGGAUGCUACUACUGAGAGUUCGGAAGAUUCCGAGUCGUCGUCUACCUCAUCGUCGACUAGCUCGUCGACGAGCACGUCGACAAGUACCACCACCUCCACCACACCGUCCACCCCUAGUAACGAGUGGUGGACCCACGAGCCUACGACGGAGCGGCCGGACCAGUGGUGGACCCACUCCACGCCCUCGACCACCUCCACCAGCUGGCCCAGCUGGACGCCGGAGUCGACGAGCACGUCCACGUCUACGUCCACAACCACGACCACGACCACGACCGAGGCUCCCUCUACCUCGAGCAGCACCGAGUCCAACGGCGAAACGACCUCGUCGACCCCGGAGACGGAGUGCACAAACGGACAGUACUAUCCCAACCCGGAAGCUUGCGAAAAGUUCUACGUGUGCGUGAACGGGCAACGCCUGGAACAACACUGCGCUUCGGAGCUGGUGUGGAACCAGGACACCAACAUGUGCGACUGGAAGUUCAACGUCAAGUGUGGCAAGGACCAGCUCGGCGAAGAGCUUCGCGGCGGCGAGAAGCAGUGCCAGAUGGGCGAGUUCCGCAGCGACCCGGAUUGCACCAAGUACUUCAUGUGCGUCCACGGCGAGCUCGUGUCCUUCAACUGCGCGCCGGGUCUUCAGUGGAGUAAGGAAAAAAACAUCUGCGACUGGCCGACCGACGCCGAGUGCAAGCAGUCUGGCGGCAAGCCGCCUGGCUCCGGCAUCUCAAACGAGGAGUUCCCGGAGCCGGAGCCCGCCAAGCCCGUCAUGCCGGAAGAGCCCGCCAUGCCCGAGGAGCCCGCCAAGCCCGAGGAGCCCACCAUGCCGGAGGAGCAGGGAGGCUCCGAGGUAGAAGUCGGCGACAACGAGUGGGUCACCUGGAAACCGACGACCACGACCAAAAACCCUUGGGCGUGGGAGCCCGAGAUUGUGACCCCGCCCCCGGUUGUGGACAAUGACCCGCUACCCAAGCUGUCCGGAUACUACAAGAUCGUGUGCUACUUUACCAACUGGGCGUGGUACCGCCAGGGUCAGGGCAAGUACCUCCCCGAAGACAUCAACGCCAACCUGUGCACGCACAUCGUGUACGGAUUCGCCGUCUUGGACUAUGAGAAUCUCGUCAUCAAGGCACACGACUCAUGGGCCGAUUUCGACAACAAGUUCUACGAGCGCGUCCUCAACCUCAAGAAGAGGGGGAAGAAGGUAUCGCUGGCGCUCGGCGGCUGGAACGACUCGGCGGGCGACAAGUACAGCCGACUGGUGAACAGCCCCGCGGCGCGCCGCCGCUUCAUCAAGCACGCCCUGGACUUCCUGGACCGGUACGGCUUCGACGGGCUGGACCUCGACUGGGAGUACCCCAAGUGCUGGCAGGUCAACUGCGACAAGGGCCCGGACUCGGACAAGGCCGCCUUCGGCGCGUUCGUCCGGGAGCUGCGCGUCGCCUUCAACGUCCGCAAGCUGCUCCUGUCGGCGGCCGUCACCCCGAGCAAGACGGUCAUCGACGCCGGCUACGACGUUCCCGCCUUGGCCGCCUCCCUCGACUGGGUGGCCGUCAUGACCUACGACUACCACGGCCAGUGGGACAAGAAGACGGGCCACGUGGCGCCCUUCUACUUCCACCCCGACGACGACUUCUACUUCUUCAACGCUAACUACUCGAUCAACUACUGGAUCUCGGAGGGCGUGCCGCGCCGCAAGAUCGUGAUGGGCAUGCCGCUGUACGGGCAGUCCUUCCAGCUGGCCGAGGCCUCCACCAACGGGCUCAACGCGCGCGCGCCCGGCCCCGGCACCGCGGGCGAGUUCACCCGCGCGGCCGGCUUCCUCGCCUACUACGAAAUUUGCGAUCGUAUCAAGAACCGCGGCUGGACUGUAGUGCAGGACCCGAAAAAGAGGAUGGGCCCCUACGCGUUCCACGGCAACCAGUGGGUCAGCUUCGAUGACGUGGAGAUGAUCAAGCUCAAGUCUCAGUACAUCCGUGACAUGAACCUGGGCGGCGGUAUGAUCUGGGCGCUGGAUCUGGACGACUUCAAGAACAAGUGCGGCGAGGGGCGGCACCCGCUGCUCAAGACCAUCCGCAGGGUGCUCGGCCCCGCGCCCAGCAGCAGCGAGCUGGCGGGCCCGCAGUCCGAGAGGCCCCCGGGAGGAGAGCCGGCGGAGUACGAGAAGCCCGAGGCAGGGAAACCCACGGAAUCGGAAAAGCCCGCGGAGCCGGAAAAGCCGACGGAACCGGAAAAGCCCAUGGAGCCGGAGAAGCCUACGGAGCCGGAAAAGCCGAUGGAAGGGGGAAAGCCGGAAACCAGCCCUGUAGUCGCCGAGGGAGAGCCCGCCCCCUCCAAGCCCGAGAACCCGGAAAUGGAAAGUAAACCUGACGAGAUGACGUCCGAGAGCCCCGAGAAGCCGGCCGAAAGUGCCGUCGGCGACUCCGACUACAAGGUGGUGUGCUACUUCACCAACUGGGCGUGGUACAGGCAAGGACUCGGCAAGUACUUCCCGAGCAACAUUGACCCCGACCUCUGCACGCACAUCGUGUACGGCUUCGCCGUGUUGGACGGCGACCAGCUCACCAUCAAGCCGCACGACUCCUGGGCCGACAUCGACAACCACUUCUACGAGAAGGUGACCGCCCUCAAGAAGCGAGGCACAAAGGUGACGGUGGCCAUUGGCGGCUGGAACGACUCGGCGGGCGACAAGUACAGCAGGCUCGCCAACAACCCCUCGGCGCGCGAGCGCUUCGUCAAGACCGUCGUCGAGUUCAUCGAGAAGUACGGUUUCGACGGUCUCGACCUGGACUGGGAGUACCCCAAGUGCUGGCAGGUCAACUGCAAGCUGGGGCCCGACUCGGACAAGCAAGGGUUCUCCGCCCUGGUCGCCGAGCUGCGCGCCGCCUUCACGCCCAAGGGGCUGCUGCUGUCCUCGGCCGUGUCCCCCAACAAGCUCGUGAUCGACGCGGGCUACGACGUCCCCGCGCUGUCCAGGGACCUGGACUGGAUCGCCGUCAUGGCCUACGACUACCACGGGCAGUGGGACAAAAAGACGGGUCACGUCGCUCCCAUGUACGUGCACCCCAGCGACGCGGACGCCACAUUCAACACGAACUUCACCAUCCACUACUGGCUCUCGCAAGGCGCCGACGCCAAGAAGCUGGUGCUCGGCAUGCCCACGUACGGUCAGUCCUUUAGCCUCGCGGAGAAGGACAACCACGGGCUCAACGCACCCACCUACGGAGGAGGCGAGGCGGGCGACUUCACCCGCGCCAGGGGCUUCCUCUCGUACUACGAGAUUUGCUACCGGAUCCAACGCAAGGGCUGGACCGUGGUGCGCGACCCCACGGGCGCCAUGGGCCCGUACGCCUACCUGGGCGACCAGUGGGUGGGCUUCGACGACAUCGCUAUGAUCCGCUACAAGUCCGAGUGGGUGCGCAAGAUGGGGCUCGGUGGCGGCAUGAUCUGGGCGCUGGACCUGGACGACUUCACGAACCGCUGCCACUGCGAGCAGUACCCGCUGCUGCGCACCAUCAACCGCGUGCUGCGCGGCUACAGCAAGCCGGACCCCAAGUGCACGCUCGCGCUGAGCACGGAGCCCGACGAGGAUAAGCAGGACGCCGGAGGCGACGCCAACGUCGUGGACAGCGAGCCACCUAUGAUGACCGGAGAGGCCGAGUCCGUGAGCGUGGAUACGGCGGGCGCCAGCGCCGGCAUGAAGUGCGACCCGCAGAAGCACUUUGUGGCGCACGAGUCGGACUGCAACAAGUACUACAUCUGCCAGCACGGGGAGCUGCAGGUGCAGUCGUGCCCGGCCAGCCUGUACUGGAGCAAGGACCACUGCGACUGGCCCGAGAACUCCAAGUGCAAGGCGGGCAACGGGCCCGACGGCAUCCCGACGACCACCCCCGAGGAGCCGGCUGAGGCCGGCGCCGGCGACACACCAACGCCUCCGCCGCCACCGCCACCCAUGGCCGAGGGGCCCGACUACAAGCCCGACACUAUGCCACCCUCCACCGAGGUAGUCGCCAAGCCACCCGGAGACUCCAAGUACAAGGUCGUGUGCUACUUCACCAACUGGGCGUGGUAUAGGCAAGGCCUCGGCAAGUACACCCCGGACGACAUCGACGCGGACCUCUGCACCCACAUAACGUACGGGUUCGCGGUGCUGGACGGCUCCACGCUCACCAUCAAGCCACACGACUCCUGGGCGGACAUCGACAACAACUUUUACCAGAAGGUAGUGGCCUUUAAGAAGAAGGGCAUCAAGGUGUCCAUCGCCAUCGGUGGCUGGAACGAUUCCCUCGGAGACAAGUACAGCAGGCUUGUCAACGACCCCGAGGCGAGGAGACGCUUCAUCGAGAACCUCGUCCAGUUCAUCGAGAAGUACGGUUUCGACGGCCUCGACCUGGAUUGGGAGUAUCCCAAGUGCUGGCAGGUCAACUGCAACCUGGGCCCCGAGUCGGACAAGGAGGGCUUCGCCGCGCUCGUGCGCGAGCUGAGCGCUGUGUUCAAGCCUCGAGGCUGGCUGCUCUCCUCGGCCGUGUCCCCCAGCAAGCUCGUGAUCGACGAGGGAUACGACGUGCCCACGCUGUCCGAGCACUUCGACUGGAUCGCCGUCAUGACGUACGACUUCCACGGCCACUGGGACAAGCAGACGGGCCACGUCGCGCCGCUCUACUACGUGCCCGGGGACACCUUCGACUACUUCAACGCGAACUUCACCAUUCACUACUGGAUGGAGAAGGGCGCUGACCGCAAGAAGCUGGUGAUGGGGAUGCCGAUGUACGGCCAGUCCUUCGCGCUGGCCGACACCAAUACGCGCGGCCUCAAUGCCAAGGCGUACGGCCCCGGCGAGGCGGGCGAGUUCACGCGCGCCGGCGGCUUCCUUGCGUACUACGAGAUUUGCGACUACGUCAAGAAUCGCGAUUGGAAGGUGGUGCGUGACCCCAAGGGUCGCAUCGGUCCGUACGCCUACAAGGGCAACCAGUGGGUGAGCUACGACGAUGUGGAGGACAUCAGGAGAAAGUCGAAGUUCAUCAAGGACCUGGACCUGGGCGGCGGCAUGAUCUGGGCGCUCGACUUGGACGACUUCACGAACAGGUGUGGCUGCGGCCAGCAUCCGCUGCUCAAAACCAUCAACCAGGAGCUGCGCGGGCUUCCCUACAGCACCAUCAACUGCACCUGAACACAGAAGAAGGCUCUAGAGAGCGAAUGAGGCCAGCCAGCAAGGAAAACAAAAACGGAAAAAAAUCUGUGAUAAAGUGAUGGAGUUGGGAGAGAGGGGGUGUCUAUGUGUAUAGAAUUUGUAAGAUUGUGAUUGGAGUCGGACCAGUCAUCAAAAUUAAAAAUAAAACAUCGCCCAACUGAGUUAGAUGCGAUGGGAAUUGGGGAAGAUUCCAGUCAGGGUACCGGACCGGAGGUGUGCGAGGCCCUUAUGUGCGGACGACACCACCAGGGCAAUGAGGAGCGGCCUUCUUGCCGUGGUGGUCUCCUGAACCUCGACUUCACUGGCCGGGCAUGAAAAGAUAAUAAGAAAGGAAUAGGAGCAUCGCAAAUUAGUGUGUAAGAAAAUGACUUAGAACUUAAGAAAAAAAUUGUGCCUGUUUUUUCUUUCAUAAAUAAAAAAAACCUAAGCUUGCGCUAACGUGGGAGCAGAUGA